ACAUGCGCAGUUGUAGGCUCUUUGAAUAAAUUAUGAAGGCGAAUGUUUUGAUGGAGUCGAGGGACUAACUGGACACAUUUGUUGACCUAACAACACAGGAAAGUCGCUGUUUUGUGGCGUGAAAAUACACCCACUGCACCAACAACCAGCGUGCAGUGACAACUGUACCCUUAUUUAUUCAGCGUACGAAAAAAAUAGGUCGGUUUGCCAAUGCCGUUCACUGCCGCGGCCUAGCUAACAUUUCAGCUAACACUGUUUUAAGUUGGGACAGUCCAUAGAUGUAAGCAGUUCUUACUCAUCAUUCACCUGGAUUCAUAUUGUUAUCAGCGGCUGUGUUAAUGAAAGGUUAUCGUACCUGUUAUUGACGCCAGUGUGUGACCUGCUCCUGUAGACCUCAUCGAGUUAAAGUGGUUGUCCAUGUUCACAAACUACUGCAGAAAAGCAAUCCUUAAUCACAUCAGCAGUCAUGUCUUUAGUCGCGUAUGGCAGCAGUGACGAUAGCGACACCGAGGAAACAUCCCGCUCUGCUGCACCGGAGAGCAAAUUCAGCUCUGGAGGACUUUUCUCACGCCUACCUGCUCCCAAAAAGACAGGAGCUGGGGGCAGAAAACACGAUGGACCAGGCAAGGAGACUAAAAUAAGCCAUUCAACAGCGGUAGACAGCGCGUCCAACGACGAUCUCGAUCUUAAAACAUCUAGAGGAGGGUUUUUGUCAAGUCUGCCCAAGCCGAAAAAGCGAACAGAUCCUGUCAGGAUCACUGUACCACAGAUCCAGAGACAGGAUUCAGACUCCGAUGACGAUGAACCAGCAAAGAAGAAAUUACCACCCCAGGGUGCAGGUUCAGGUCUGUCUGCCCUUCUACCAAAACCCAGGAACCUGACAAUGAAGGAGACUGCCAGGGUCCUGAUUCCUCACACACUCACCAAACGGCAAGAACCUAAAGGACCCAAGCCUGGAACACCUGCUCAGUCUGGGCUUGGUUCUAGUGCAUCUCCCUCUGCUAUCAAAGCUGCAGCAAAAUCAGCUGCUCUGCAGCUGGCUAAACAAAUAGCUGCUGAUGACCAAGAUAAUGAGGAGGACAUAACCCCACAGAACUACUUCUCCCUAGGUGAAAGCUCCCCGCCCCUUCCUGCAACACUCCCAAGCUUAGAUCCUGAGCCGAGAGCCCCUGCUGAGCCUCUUUCUAUCACAGCUGCUGAUGAGCCUGGUCUGUCUGACGCUCCCCUUGAUUUUGGGGGCAACCAAGAGGGAGCUGGAGCAUGGGGUGGUCAAUUGUCUCAGUAUCAGCAGCCCAUGACGGGCCCAGAGGCUUUACCUCAGGAAUAUUAUGAGGAGUCAUAUUAUCAAGAUCCUAACCCAGAAUUGUCAGAGGAGGCUGAAGAACCUGGCCAAUCUGCCAUGUUUGAUGAUGAAGCGUUCAUGCGGCUGCAAGGGAAAAGGAACAGAGGCAAAGAGGAAGUCAAGUUUCUGGAGAUCAAGGGCGAUGACCAGCUGAGUGGUAACCAGCAGUGGAUGACAAAGAGCAUGACGGAGGAGAAGCAGACCCGCCAGUCCUUCAGCAAGAAAAGGGGAGAACAGCCUACAGGACAACAGCGGCGCAAGCACCAGAUAACAUAUCUCAUUCAUCAGGCCAAGGAACGUGAGCUGGAGCUGAAGAAUAAUUGGGCGGAAAACAAGAUAACUCGCCGGCAGACCCAGGCCAAAUAUGGUUUCUGAUUGUCACAGUGUGGACUUGUGUAGAAAAACCUGAUCAGAAAGUAGAGAUUUGCAGAUUUCCCAAACAAAGGGGAAGUAUAAGUAUAUACACACGUAAGACAAAUUUGUCCUCUUGCUCUCCAUCCUACAUUUGUGUUGAACAGUUAAUAUUUAAUAGCUGUUUUGAUCUGAACUGUUUGGUAAUGUGUUACUCCCACAUUUAAACUCCAGUUACAGCCAUGACAUUCUCCUUUUGACAGUAGGUAACUAUAAAUAAACAAUUUCAAUAUUUUCUAAAAUGCUGCUUCAUUUACAAACUGUUCAACAGUGUUUUUGAUUUACCUUUGGUCGGUCAGUGGUAGAGAGGGUGUAAUUUGACCCUGAAGUGGCCAAUCAUAUUUUCUUUUUAAAUGUGUAUGCUUCUUGUUCAUCUGAUCAGUGUACAACUCACUUUGAAGUUCCUAUAGAAUAGACUUGGCUUUCUAGCAGUCUCUUAUAUUAGUAAGACAUAGGAACUGAUGUCAUUAAAAAGCUGUGAAACAUAACAUACAUUAAGAAUCAACAACUCAACUUGGCAGUAUCCUGAAUUAACUCUUAAUCAGUGCUGCCACAAGAUCCUGAUGUUUUAUUAUAGCUCAUUUUAUCUCUUUAUGUUACUUCACUUAUCAUGUUGCUUCAGUUUUAGGGAAUUUCUGGUGUCAAAAUGAAUUAGGAAUACUAAUCUGCUUGUGGUUUGCCCACUUACAGUUGCCAGAAUGUUUUAGGAUGGCUGAAUAGGGGAAAUGUUUAAUUAUAUGGGCAGUGCUUAAAAAGACCUUUUGUUUACCUUGUUCUUUUGUUAUGGGUGCAGUUUAAAUUAUCAAUAAACCUGGUCCUAUUCUGACUUGGUACCUUUUAAUGCCACAGGAGUUUUUCUUAAUUGUCACCUGUAUCAUAAUGAUGCAGCUGUUGCAUAUGGUAAAAAAUAAAUAAAUUCACAAUGCAUUUUUUUAGUUCCCUUACCCAUACUUGGAGGCAACAUAACCUCUUGAAGUGCUCCUUCAAUUGUAUAUAUUACAUUUGUUUGAUAGUACAUCCUGAACCAACAGAAGGACAAAAUGACAUGACAUUUAUUCUUUGUAAGCCAGAUGUACAACAUUUUAAUACUUCAAUAAACUGUAUAUGCAUGUGAAAUGUGUAUUACAGGUAAACAUA